AACCAGCCGCUAUUACUCAUCCGACUCGCCUUUCAAUCUCCUACAUUUCCUUAAUCUCUCAUCCACCCAUGAAUCUCUCCACCUCACCAAGCAAGCCCAAGCUCGAAUCCUCUUACACGGGUUCACGCAAAACCCUUUUACAGCAUCAAAGCUCAUCUCUUUACUCCUCUUUAGGGCAUUUAACCGAGUCGAAAACUGUUUUCGAUUCGAUAAAAGACAAGAAUGUUUAUCUUUGGAAUUCGAUGAUCAAUGGGUAUCUCAAAACUUACUCAUACGUUGAAGCUUUUGAUUUGUUCCGUGAAAUGGGUCGUUUUAGUGUGAAGUCUGAUGGUUUUACAUUGGCAACGGUUUCGAAAGUUGUUGGGGAAAUCAGGGACUUGGCAGCGGGUAAAUUGGUUCAUUGCCAGAGUAUAAAAACUGGGUUCGUGGUGGAUAUUGUUGUUUCGAAUUCUUUGAUUUUGAUGUACGGAAAAUGUGGAGAGUUUGAGGCGAUGAAGAAAGUGUUCGACGAAAUGCGUGAGAGAAAUGUGGGGUCUUGGAAUGCAUUGGUUUCAGGUUAUUCGAAUUCAGGGGACUGGGAAUUGAUGAAGGAUCUGUGGGAAGUUGUUAAAAAUAUGCAACUUGAAGGAAUGAAACUCGAUGGAUUCACGAUUUCGAGCCUUUUGCCCUUGAGUGGGGGUGAGGGUAAUUGGGGAUGUAAUUACGGGAGGGAACUCCAUUGUUAUAUUCUUAAGAAUGAACUGUAUUCGGGCUUCGGUUCAGAUGUUCAUUUGGGUUGUUGUUUAGUUGAUAUGUACUCAAAAAGCGGUAAAGUUUCAGUGGGUAGAAAUGUUUUUGAUAGAAUGUGGUUUAGAAAUGUUUAUGCUUGGACAGCAAUGAUCAAUGGUUACAUCGAAAACGGAGAUUUCGAUGAAGCACUUGUUCUUUUUCAGGAAAUGCAGUUGAAUGAUGGAAUAGAACCCAAUAAAGUGUCUCUAGUGAGUGUUCUUCCCGCUUGUAGCUCCUAUGCUGGUUUAAUGCUUGGGAAACAGAUUCAUGGUUACACAAUUAGAAAAGAACUGACCACUGAUAUCGCUUUGUGUAAUGCAUUGAUUGACAUGUAUUCGAAAUGUGGGAGCCUGACUAGUGCGAGGCAAGUUUUUGAUAAAGGUUCGUUCCAUAAAGACGCCAUAUCUUGGAGUUCAAUGAUUUGUGGAUAUGGAUUACACGGAAUGGGUGAAGAAGCCAUAAGUCUGUAUAACCAGAUGCUUUUUCUUGGGAAUAAACCAGAUAUGAUAACAGUGGUAGGGGUGCUUUCUGCUUGUAGUAGAUCAGGAUUGGUAAAAGAAGGUCUUCGACUUUAUAACAAAAUAACAAACGAAUAUGGGAUGAAGCCAACGGUUGAGAUCUGUGCUUGUGUUGUCGACAUGCUUGGUCGAUCCGGACAGCUUGAUCGAGCACUAGAUUUUAUAAAAAAAAUGCCAGUUGAACCGGGGCCAAGCGUUUGGGGUGCUCUUGUUAAUGCUUCUGUGAUGCACGGGAAUACCAAGAUGCAAGAACUUGCUCAUAGGUUUCUCAUUUAUUUAGAACCCGAAAACCCUUCAAAUUAUGUCUCACUUUCGAAUUUACAUGCCUCUACUAAAAGAUGGGAUGCCGUGGCAGGAUUAAGAAAAAUGAUGAAGGAAAAGGGUUUGAAGAAGGCACCUGGGUGUAGCUGGAUUAGCAUCAAUGGCAACACCCAUUGCUUUAAUGUGGCCGAUAAGGCACAUCCCCAUUCUACUUCGAUUUAUGAGAUGCUUGAUGAUCUAAUAUUUAUAAUUAAAGAAGACGGUUGA